GGACGUGAAGCAGCUGCCAGGCGGCCGCGGCCGCGGGAGUGGGGCCCGGGGCGCGCACGGACUUGAGCGCUUUAGGUCCGCCAGGGCCGGCCGCGGAGUUCCCCGGCGGGGCCGGCGCGCCGGGAGAGGACCGGGUUCGAGGGCCCCGGGCGCGGCAGCCGCGCCAGGAGGUCCCGCCGCGAGCGUGACCUCACGGGGAGGGGCCAGCGCGGCAGCCCUGGGCGCGGAGCCGAGCGCAGAGAGCGCAGCGCCGGAGCCGAGCCGCGAGGAGCGCACGCCGCGGCCCAGAUGGAGCGGUUCAAAGCACAGGGGUGUUGCUGUCUGGUGGUACAGAGAAGGAUGCUGCAGGUUUCUGCUUCCCUGGAGCAGCUGCUGACAGAGCUGGAUGACUUCCUCAGGAUUCUUGACCAAGAGAACCUGAGCAGCACAGCUGUGGUGAAGAAGAGUGGCCUGGCCGAGCUCCUCCGGCUUUACACCAAAAGCAGCAGUUCUGAUGAGGAGUACAUUUAUAUGAACAAAGUGACGGUCCACAAGCAACAGGAUGCUGAGUCCCAAGACAAAGCGCCCGAGGAGCAGAGCCCACUGACCAACGGCGAGCCCGCCCAGCACUCCUCGGCCCCUCAGAAGAGUCUUCCAGACCUCCCGCCACCCAAGAUCAUUCCAGAACGGAAGCAGCUCUCCAUCCCAAAGAUCGAGUCUCCAGAGGGUUACUAUGAAGAGGCUGAACCAUAUGACACAUCCCUCAAUGAGGACGGAGAGGCCGUGAGCAGCUCCUACGAGUCCUACGACGAGGACGAAAGCAGCAAGGGCAAGUCGGCCCCCUACCAGUGGCCCUCGCCCGAGGCCAGCAUCGAGCUGAUGCGUGACGCCCGCAUCUGUGCUUUCCUGUGGCGCAAGAAGUGGCUGGGCCAGUGGGCCAAGCAGCUCUGCGUGAUCAAGGACACCAGGCUCCUGUGUUACAAGACCUCCAAGGACCACAGUCCUCAGCUGGACGUGAACUUGCUGGGCAGCAGUGUGGUGCACAAGGAGAAGCAAGUGCGGAAGAAGGAGCACAAGCUGAAGAUCACACCGAUGAACGCCGACGUGAUCGUGCUGGGCCUGCAGAGCAAGGACCAAGCUGAGCAGUGGCUCAGGGUCAUCCAGGAGGUGAGUGGCCUGCCUUCUGAAGGAGCUUGUGAGGGAAACCAGUACACCCCAGAUGCCCAGCGCCUGAGUUGUCCGAAACCAGAUGUAACUGAGAAGUACCUGUCAGCCUCGGAGUAUGGAAGCUCCAUAGAUGGCCACCCUGAGGUCCCAGAGACCAAAGAUGUCAAGAAGAAAUGUUCUGCUGGCCUCAAACUGAGCAACCUAAUGAACCUGGGCAGGAAGAAAUCUACCUCGCUGGAGCCUCCGGAAAGGUCCCUCGAGACAUCCAGUUACCUGAACGUGCUGGUGAACAGCCAGUGGAAGUCGCGCUGGUGCUCCGUCAGGGACAGUCACCUGUACUUCUACCAGGACCGGAACCGCAGCAAAGCGGCCCAGCAGCCCCUCAGCCUGGUGGGCUGUGAGGUGGUGCCGGACCCGAGCCCUGACCACCUCUACUCCUUCCGCAUCCUCCACGACGGCGAGGAGCUGGCCAAGCUCGAGGCCAAGUCUUCCGAGGAAAUGGGCCACUGGCUAGGCCUCCUGCUCUCUGAGUCGGGCUCCAAGACAGACCCAGAAGAAUUCACUUACGACUAUGUGGAUGCCGAUAGGGUUUCCUGCAUCGUAAGCGCCGCCAAAACCUCUCUGCUACUGAUGCAGAGAAAGUUCUCAGAGCCGAACACUUACAUUGACGGCCUGCCCGGCCAGGCUCACCAGGAGCUGCUGUAUGACGACGUGGAGGUGUCGGAGCUGACGGCAGUGGGGGAGGCCCCUGAGGAAGCUGCUCCUGCGACAGAUGCUCCGAGUGAGCCUGACCCCGACCGCGUAUACCUGGACCUCACGCCCGUCAAGUCCUUCCUACACAGCACCGGCGGUGCACAGGCCCGGGCCCCCUCGCCCACGCCGCCCCAGCCGGACCCUCCGGCCGAGGCCCUCCCUGCACACCUGAACCCCACCCCCGAUGAGCCCCUCGUAAAGUCUCCAGAGGACCCCGAGUUGCAGGUACAGGGGGUCCCCCAGCAGGUGAGCUGGCCUCACCUUCCGGGGUGCCUCGGCCAGCUGGGUCCUGUUUGCUUUCUCCCAAAGCAGAUGCAGCAGGGGAGUCAGGAACCUGAGGAGCCGUCCCUGGGAAUCACGGCAGUCAAAAUCCAGACUGAACAGCAGAAGAUCUCCUUCCCACCGAGCUGCCCUGACACUGUGCCCGUCGCCCCAGCCGGGGCCAGCCCACCUGUGAAAGACAGGUUGAAGGCAACCAAUGCAGAGGUCAAACUUGGCAAGAACAGGACAGAAGCCGAGGUGAAGCGGUACACAGAGGAGAAGGAGAGGCUUGAGAAGAAGAAGGAAGAAAUCCGUGGGCACCUGGCUCAGCUCCGGAGGGAGAAACGGGAGUUGAAGGAGACCCUGUUGAAGUGUACAGCCGACUGGCUUCUCUCUGCAGACAAGGGGGCGGCGGCCGGCCUGGAGGAGAAGCUGAAGGAGAUCGACGAGGAGUGCAGGGUGGAGGAGCGCAGGCGUGUGGACCUGGAGCUCAGCAUCGUGGAGGUGAAGGACAGCCUGAAGAAGGCCGAGGCCGGGCCCGUGACGCUGGGCACGACCGUAGACACCACCCACCUGGAGAACGUGAGCCCCCGCCCCAAAGCUGCCACCCCGACUCCUGCCCCAGACUGUACCCCAGUCAACUCCGCAACUGCGCUCAAGAACAGGCCUCUGUCGGUCACGGUCACGGGCAAAGGCACCGUCCUCCAGAAAGCCAAGGAAUGGGAGAAGAAAGGAGCAAGUUAGGAAACAAACUUCAUCUAGAGACUCUGCUGUCAAUAUGGACCUUGGUGACAAUCCUGCUUCGUUACAGUCUUCGUUAAAGCAGCAACUCUGUAAAAGGGUGAGUCUGUUUACAAGGAAAAGGAAGGACUGGGGUUCUAUGAAUGGAAAACUUCAGCUAAGAGGAGGCUCUGUCCCUUCGCGGGGCCAAAGGAAAUAAUACGACAACAAAAAAGACUUUUUUGGAGACCUAAGUCUAUUGGUUGUAAACAUUACAUUGCUGUAUUUAGGGGUAUUCUGUGUUUCUUCCUUGAAGUUUUCAGCAAUUGCCUUAUCAAGGUUUUUAAGUGAAAAGAUUCUGAUGUGGAGACUUUGGUGGAAGAGAAAAAUUAAGGUAGCAGGGCCCUGUCCCACUGAUCACAUGGCUUUGGUGAUUGAGAAGGUCUAAACUCCUGACUGUCAUCUCCUAUCUGAUUCUUAGCGGUGUCAGGGGUUAAACCGUCCUUGUCUUCAACUGUGUAAAACCAUCUAUGGUUUUUUGAGAAAUGGCAACGGGGAAAACAUUUGGGACCAAGCUGAGGCACUGUUCCCAGUAAAUUAAGGACUUUUUUUCAGGCUAAAGCAGGCCAGAACCAAUUGCUUUUAAAUAAAAUUUUAAGUGAUGCUGUAUUACAUAGAAAAAAAGAUGUUUAAAAUCCUGUAAUUUAGAACAGUGAAAAGUGUCUUUUGAGAUUUAACUGACAUUUUACAUUACCAUAGAAACAAGAUUACCCUGUGUUUACAGAUUCAGUCCUGUGGUGAGGUGAUUUUUAAGAGAAGAGUUAUUUAAUAUAAUGUUCUCUUAGUCCCUGUUUUUUUAAGUUGUGCUCUAUGUCCAGGCCCUUUCCAAGAAAAAAGGGGAGAAUUUUGUUUCUGGUGGUCUCUUUCUUCUCUUAAAAUUGGCAGUGCUGUUCUUUGUGUUGCCCGUUCUUCUCUUCUGAUGGCACUGGUUAACACAGGUUGGAACAUAUCACCUAUCAUCUCUCAGCCUCAUUUCUGGGGGUUCUGAAUCAGAGUUCUUUAACACUGGUUCCUGAGAACUAAAGGUCUUUUGAGUCUUAUUGUCUUUCUAAUCCCAGGGCAUUUAUUUCCUUUGUCAUAAACACUUGGUGUCUCAAGUGGUGAGUUAGUUUUUUUUUUUUUUAAUAAAAUGUUAAUUGUA